AUGAAGCUCAUUUUGGUUUUGGCUUGUCUGGCCCUUUAUGUGGCCCACACCGCUGCCCAGGACAACUGUAUUGGACGUCCCGUGUUCCAGGUAUGCAAUGGCGGCAGGGAUGAAGGCAACAACCGCCAUUGGUCGUGUCCAGCAAGAUUCAUGCCGGAAAUGUGGUGGUACAACGAGCGCGCCAGGGACUGCCAUAAAACGAGGUAUUUGGGCUGUGGCGGCAACAACAACCGCUACUGCUCCCUCGACAGUUGUCGCAGGAAGUGCCGCCGCCGCUAA